CACAAACAAAUCGAAUGGCGCUUCAUUCCCCCUCAUUCCCCGCAUUUCGGUGGGUUAUGGGAAGCAGCGGUGAAGUCAUUCAAACGCCACCUUAGGCGUGUAGUCGGCAACGAGUUACUCACCUCUGAACAAUUGAAUACUCUCAUCAUAGAAAUAAAAGCAGUCCUCAAUUCACGCCCGCUAACUCCCAUCUCCACCGAUCCAAAUGAUCUCCUAGUCCUCACUCCCGGACAUUUCCUCAUUGGCGAAUCAUUAAUGUGCUUACGUGAUCGAGAUUUCAGAGACAUUCCAUCGAACCGACUCUCCAGAUGGCAGCAUAUCCAACAGUUUAAACAGCAUUUUUGGAACCGUUGGCAUAAGGAGUAUUUGAACGAGCUAACCAACCGCAAUAAAUGGAGCAAGGGUGGACACAGCAUCCAAGAGGGCACAAUCGUCAUCCUCAGAGAGGACAACAUGCCCUCCAUGCAUUGGCCUCUGGGCCGAGUUAUCAAGGUUCAUCCAGGCGCCGAUGGUGUCAUCCGGACAGCUACAAUUCAGACGGCAGAGGGCGUUUUAGAUCGGGCUGUCAAAAGGCUUGUCCCACUGCCAAUUCAACCCGAUCUCGAGAAACCCGAACAACCAGUCACUGAGACGAUGGGAACUUCAACAAUAAAACAUCUUAAAUUAUGUAUACCAGAAAUUGUUUUUUGUUUAACACUAAAAAAAGUUGAUCUAUUAGAAGAUUUAAGAAAAUACAAACCAUAG